GUCUUUCAUCCACACACACUCUCUCUCUUUCAUCCACACACACGUACCUGCUUUCUCACACACACUAACAAACACAUGGACUCCAUGCUUUUGUGUCUCCGAGGCAACAUCUCAUUGAUCUCUCAGUUGAUAAUGAUGAGGAUGAUGAAGUCUAUGGUGCUGCUCUCCCUUCUUUCCCUUGCUGCGUCUGGUUCUCCGAGUGACGACAAACACACACACACACACACACUCAACCUGGAGCUCCAGCAUCCCCAGCUACUGGCACGCCUCUCUGCAGCAGGAGAGCAGUGUGUUGUUGGGGAGAUUAAGAGAGCUCUGCUGGGAGUUAAACAGCUGAGAGAGAUGCUGGAUACACAACAACACACACACCUGCAGCUCAUGGAGACGCUCACACACAGCUACAACAAGAAGAGGGGGGCGGAGCAGCUGGCUCAGGGGGUGGAGCAGAAGCUGCGAGAGGCGGAGCUACAUUGCCAUGGCGCCCUGAAGUCUCGGUGGGCGGAGUGCCGUCCGUGUCUGGAGGAGAGCUGCAGAUUGUUCUACACCUCAACCUGUCACCGUGACAACACCUUCACACUGCAGGUGGAGGAGCUCUUCCGCAGGGUGUCGUCUCAUUUGGACGCUCAAGAGCAGCUUUACAACCAGAACCCCGAGGAGGACCGUUCUGACCCCAGUCCAGUGCCAGAUGCCCCAGACAGCCCCAGCGGCCCGCCACCUGCCCCAGCAGAGGGGCUUCCUCGUCUCAUUGAAUCUCUGACCGAGGCGUCGGAGGAGGCGGAGGCUCUCUAUGCCCGUUGCCUAGCAACCGUUGCCGGGAUGCGCUCAGUCUUGGGCCCAGCGUUCCACAUGGCCUUCAGUGAAGAGCUCCGCCCCCAGCCCCUCCCCCCGACAGGACUGGGCGGAGUCACACACACCUUGCUCCAACUUGGACGCUCCGCCUUCCAGGAAGUGGAGUCUGUGGUACAGGAAGUCAGCUCUGCCCUUCAGGAAGUAGAAUUUGCAGUGCAGGAGGUCGGCUCCACCCUGUCUGGACUGCUCCAGGGGCUCCAGACGGCCAAUAAGGACAAGAAGGUGGAGGAGAAAGCAGGCGCGGCGCUGUGCAGGCAGCUGCGGAGACAACCAGCCAACUGCUGGAGACUGCAGGACCAAUGCAGCAGCUGCACAGACACCUUUCUCACAGAGUGCCCUACAGUCUCUCAGCAGUACUCCGAGCUGCAGGACAUCCAUCUGCUGGUGAACGCAUCCCGGCUGCAGUACUCCGAGGUCCAGCAGGUGGCGCUGCGACACGUGGAGAACACACUCCUCUGGGCCAAUCACAUGACUGCAAAACACGCCUGGGUCACACACAUCACCAACGGCAGCACCGCCCCCAAACACACAUUCAGCAUCACAAAGCUCACUCCUGGAGGCUCUGACCAGCUGGAGGGCUCAGCGUCGGAGGCGUGGCAUGUAGAGGCGUGUCUGUUGGAUUCUCCACCAAUCACCAUGUCUGUUCCCACCCAGCUGGAGCCGACUGACCCCGCCUUCAUCAACUACGUCACACAAGAGGCCCUGGAGGUCUUUAAACACUCCAUCCCUACAGCAACAAGCUCAAGGUCGGACCAGGGAUGAGUACAGCCUGCACCCCCCCCCCCCCCGCCCCCCCUGCCUCCUCAUGGACGAGUGUCAGAACAUGGCCGCUUUCGCAGAGGGAUCCUGACACGGUCCUGAGGGCAACAUCUACAUAUAUCUUUAGGUUUUUAAGACUCUACUGCCCCCCCCCCCCAGUGCAUUAUGGGUCUGUCGACACAAAACCAUAUGUCUCUAGUAACCAAUAAUAACUGUGACCUUAGAUCAGAUCCAGCACAUGGU